AUGCAAGAUGUCGCUAGCCGUUUCGAGCCCAACAAAGUUUCAAAACGGUCCCUGACGCCAAACUCAUAUGUUGCAAUUCCUUCUCCGUUGAAGCGGUUGGCUGUCGGUGCCUCCGGGGGACCAGACAUCUUCGACCAUAGGAGCCUGCCUCAGAUGUCAUUCGAGCCCAGCUUUCCAGCGGAUCUCGUCCCGACUUCAAGGCAGAAGUACCCUCCCACAGGCUUCCCGCAGUCUCCGCACACUCCGCUGAGCCCAUCUGAUGACAUUGUCGAGAUACCGGAGACACCGCCGACCUCAUCAACGCAAACAGUCACGCAUGUUUCUGUGGCAGAGUCCGAGGCGCCAGACUUCUGGAUGGAAUACGUAGAUCUAGACAACGUAGGAGGCGAGAGUUUCGUACCCGUGGAGAAAACUUUCGGUGAAUACCACGAUGCCGCAUCUGAGACCUUGUCUAAUGUAGAUGAAGAUUCCGGUAAGCCAUUUCCUGAGCUCAACGUCGAUCGCCUCGCCCAAUCGUCAUCCAAGAGUGAAGAUAAUGUCGAAGAAGACUAUGGCCUCGAGGGCUUUGACGAAGAAGAGAUGGUACAGCUUCUUGAAGAUACUGGGGACAAGCCUCUCUGCUUCCCUCCCUCAAGCAUCAUACAGAAGAUGGACUGCGAUUCGAGAUCGGCCUCAAGCUUCGACUCCAAAUUACAGUUUUCCGAGCCUGAUCUGAACACGAGCGAAGCUUCAAAGACCGAUCUGACUGAACCUGAUCUUCUUGAUGACGAGGUCGACUGGGACCUUGUCACAGAAUGCUUAGCAACUGCGGCCGGCGCCUCUCCGGAUCAUGAGGCUAGAUCGAAUGUUGGAAGUAACAACAAGGAAGCACCGAAAGAGCAUUGGAAUCCGACGCCCUUAGUCAGACCCCCUUUCCCCGACAAAAUGAGAGACCGCUCAGUGGUCGUUGGACUCUCCUCAGCGAUAGUGACGCGCACUUGUUUCAGGGUUGGAGAGCUCCUCAAUGCCCAAGCUAAAUGUAGCCGGGAGCAGCAGGAUGUUUUCUUUGAGCUUUUCGCGAGAGUCGUCUACUCUAACCGGGAGAACGUUGCCAGAUGGCGUAUUCAGGGGCUGGAAGAGUGGUGGGCCUGUGGAUGA